UUUAUUAUUAUAUGCUACCUUAUUAAGAUUAAUGUCUUAUUUGUUGUUUUUUUUUCUCUAUUUUGAAAAAAAUUACAUUAAAAUUGCUACCUAAGCAUUAGAAUCCCCUUCUAUAGUCUAAAAACCUGAAAUUUCUCAAACGGAAAAAAAAAAAUUAAAAAUUUGUCCUUUUUAGCUGACCAAUGAUUUAGCCCUCAUUCAAUUCAAGAAAAUCCAUCUGGGCCAUUGAAAAAUUGAAUUUUUUGAAGAGUUAUGUGCAAAUUGAAAACUUUGAGAAGAAAAAAUGGCGAAUCUUGUUCCUGGGGUGCUUUUGAAGUUAUUACAACACAUGAACACAGAUGUUAAGGUUGGUGGUGAACACAGAUCAUCACUGUUACAAGUUGUAAGCAUUGUUCCAGCUCUUGCAGGUGGUGAACUUUUCCCAAAUCAAGGUUUUUAUCUUAAAGUUUCAGAUUCAUCUCAUGCUACAUAUGUUUCUUUACCUGAUGAACAUGAUGAUUUGAUUUUAAGUGAUAAAAUUCAAUUGGGUCAAUUUGUUUUUGUUGAUCGGUUUGAAGCUUCUUCACCUGUUCCUUUAAUUCGUGGUGUUAAGAUUGUUCCUGGUAGACAUCCUUGUGUUGGUACACCUGAAGAUAUUGUUGCUACACAUUCACUUUCAUUUCUUGAGAAUAAUAAUAAUAAUAAUGAUGAUGUUAAUAAGAACAACAAAAGUAGAGACAGGAAUAAUGUUGUUUGUUCUGAGAAUCCUAGGAAUGUGUUUGGUGUGAGUACUGUGAAGGAUAAGGAGAAAAAGGAGAGAAUGAGGUUAAGUUUAGGUGGUGGUAGUUGUAAGGAGGAAUCAUCAGAGAAGAAAAAUGGGAUUUUUGGAAGAAUUGGUGGUAGUAAAAAUGAGUCUCAGAGAACAAAACCUGUGUUGAAGAUUGAUGUGAAGAAGGAAUCGUCGUUACCUCAAUCAUUUACAAGAUUGAGGUCGACGAAUUCAAAGUCGAUUCCUUCUUCGCCUAGUAGUGUUUAUUCAUUGCCUAAUUCUUUUGAGAAAUUUGCUAAUGGUGUUAAGCAGCAGAGGGCAAAGGUUAGUGGUAAGGGAGUAGAGAAGGUUGAGGUGGGAAAGGCUGGGAAAAAAAUUGUUAUGGGAAGUCCUAUUAGAAAUUUGGUGCAAGGGUUUGAUUUCGGGGCUAAGGCUCUAAGAAAGAGUUGGGAAGGGAGUAUGGAGGUUAAGACUACUAAAGAGUCUUCCAAAAUCAAGGGUGCUGCUUCCAAGCCGGAAAUUCAUAGCUCAACUCCUAGGAGAAGCAGCAUUUCAAACGAAAAGUUGCUGUCUAGAGAGGUUAAAGCACCAAUAAAGCCCUCUAAGGAAGAACAUAAGGCUCAAAUGUCUAUAAAGAAAGUUACUGCUAAUGGAACUACAGAGGAACAAGAGAAGUCAAAUAGAAGGGCUUCCAUUGGAAAGAAAUCGGCAGAAGUUUCUAACAACGGGCUACCUGGAAACAUGGUCAAAAUUUCUCUAAGUAGUAGAAAAGUGACCGAUGCAAGUGUUCAAUGGGCUUCACUCCCAUCAUCUAUUUCAAAGCUUGGAAAGGAAGUAAUGAAGCAAAGAGAUUCUGCACAACUAGCUGCAAUUGAGGCUAUGCAAGAAGCCGCUGCAGCCGAGAGUUUGUUACAAUGUCUGAGUAUGUAUUCGGAGCUGACUAAUUCUGCGAAGGAACAUAACCCACAGCCAGCAGUAGAGCAGUUUUUAACUCUUCAUGCUAGUCUGAAUAGUACCCGAACAAUUGCCGAAUCCUUAUUUAAACCCAUUUCAGAUGUUUCGUCUCCGGAUCAUGAAAAGAGCAAAGUGGAAGAAGCACUAAAACUAAAAUCAGAUAGACAAAAACAUGCGGCUUCUUGGGUCCAUGCAGCCCUAGCCACCAACCUGUCAUCUUUCGCUGUUUUUACAAAAGAAUCUCAACCAUCUAAGCUUCCAGCUUCAAGUAAUAAUUCUCAAAAUCAAAAGACUGCCAUUGGAAAUCAACCAGCGUUAGUCCUACACAAUUCAAGCGAAGAUUCAUCGUCAAAAGCUCGUGCAAAACCUCGUCCCAUAGUUAAUUCCAAGCUUGUCUCUCAGGGCAUCAUUCCUCGCAAAUCGACUGACAGUUCAUCAAAUGUGCAAAAGCAACCGGUCCAACCACCCCCAGAAUGGAUCAAAGGAAAUGGUCUUGACGAGGUGGUUGAUUUGGCUGAAAUGUUGCAAUUACAGUCCCGAGACUGGUUUUUGGGAUUUGUUGAAAGAUUCUUGGACAAUGAUGGUGACACUACCUUGUCAGAUAACGGCCAAAUAGCAGGUAUGCUCACUCAGCUAAAGAGUGUAAACGAUUGGUUAGAUGAGAUAGGGUUGACCAAGGACGAGGAAGAAUCGUUCCAGAUAUCGGCAGAGACGAUUGACCGGUUAAGGAAGAAGAUAUAUGAAUAUCUUCUUACACAUGUUGAAUCUGCUGCUGCUGCACUUAGCGGCGGAUCACAAUCACAAGCAUUGCCUCAGAUCCAAACAACACAGAUUAAAGCCAAAAGGUGAAUGAGUGAGUACAUAACUUAGCUUAACAAUGCAUAAUUGUAGGGAUGAGUGGGAUUAACAUUAACCUUGGUCAGUAAAAGUUGUCCAAGAAGAUAAAUUCAUUUUUCUUCUUUCUGUCUCUAUCUUCUGUUUGUACAUAAAUCCUACAUGGGGUUUGAGGUAUAGAUAGAUGGAGUGCUAAUUAUUUGUUAGGGGAGAUAACAAAUAUGAUCUGUGAGGACAUUGUUAUUUCUUUCAUUUUUCUAGAUAUUUUUCAGAUGAAACUAUACAAAUUGAAACAGGGAAAGAUAUCAGCACUAGACAUGAUCUUUUCUACUUCUUGAAUGUGGUUUUUGUAUAAUUGUGUUGUUUGUGCAGUGUGUUCUGUGGUGUUGUUGUUGUAAACUCCGAAGUUUUAUUGUACUUCCAAUUUACCAUGAUUUCUGAAGCCUGAACUUCACGUGAACUAUUAUGUUCGGACAAAAUUUUGCCCAUAAUAACUGACUUGCGAACAAAGUUAAGGAUCUUCAAUGUGAGACUGAGAUGCUCACAGGCCAGUGGCUACACGUCGACAAGACAUCAAAGACGAUUCUUUGCAAGAAAUAGUGGAAAAAAAUUGUAUAAAAUAUAUUAAAAUAAAAUAAAAACUAAAUUGAUAUUUCACAAAUUUGGGAAA